CAACGAGUACGAGUGUACCGGUACAGUUCGAACCGUUUCUGGUUUCUGAACCGGUAGAUGGGAGUGAUCCRGUCUAUUCCAGACUACAGAAUGAUUUUGAUCGAUUACGAUCACAAUAGUAUCGAACUUCGCAUGAGCAACACACCAUGAUUUGGAUGUCGACGAGUAUUCGGAGACCAAACGAAAGGUUCAAUAGAUGAGUGUYUACCAUCGACUCGUGCAUUGCUCAUCCGUCCAUAGAGGAAGUGUAAAAGAGUCAUUCCAGCUUCUUGAUCAGCUGACCAGAAGUACGUUAGRCAGCCGCGGCGUCGACAAUGAUGGCAGCGUGGAUGAAGGUUCCUCUUCCCAUGACAASAAUCUAGAGGAGCGGCGGCUCUGCCAAAAGGUCGAAAAACAGUCAGUCGAGCCMCUGAAUACUAUUCUCGCUAGGUGGAAGARUGAAUACCUUCGAUCGCCUAGAACCACCCUUCAUCCACGCCAAGUACUCGAUAAGGUCGACGAAUGGAAAGGAUUGCUAGACAACAACAGUGGUGCACUUUCACGUGCUGCCACCACGAAUCCUGGAUACAACGACCACGAGCAUCUGCUACAGUUAGUGCGUCCCGAUAUAGGUUCGUACACGUGCAUYAUGCAAGCGGUUGCCGSGAGUGUAGAUCACGGGCAAUCAUCGUCGUCACCAAGCCAACAUGAAAUAAAUAUGAAUAAAUUACGCUUUGUCGAUGCCUUGCUCGAUCGGCUGGUACAARACGCMAAGAGCGAUUUUUCUAUUCCUCCCAACGCAGCAUCCUUCGCCACUGUGAUGAAUGCAUGGGCGCAUAGUAGCAGCAAUACUCAAAAUAAUACAAAAAUUCAAACCACCGUGCGAAAGCAGAAAAACGAUUUUUCUUCUUCWAAAAAAGUGGAAGAAUUGCUUCAGCGCAUGGAGGCACUCCAUGAGGAAGGCUUGCCCAACUUAGAACCGAAUGUUGUGGUUUACAAUAUACUUCUACAUGCGUGGGCUAAGGAAGGGAAAAUCGAAAAGAUAGAAGACACCUUGCAACGAAUGAUUCAUUUAGAAAUCCCGGGAGUGAGCCCCGAUCCAGUGUCAUACAGUACGCUCUUGUCGGCAUAUUCCAAGAUGGGGACUCCMGAAGCCACGCAGAAAGCAGAUUCUCUUUUGCACCAAAUGCUUGAACUUCAUAGUCACGGUAUGGAAUCSGCGAAACCAAAUAUUAUAUCUUUCACCAAUGUGGUGCAGUGUUAUGCUCGAUUGGGGGAUGGUGGAAAGGCUGAAGAAUGGCUGGAAAAACUUCUAGACCUUUAUCACAAUAGUGCAGCGACCGCAUCCGAUGAUAGUUUAGUUCAUCUCGAUCCUGAGUGGAAACCGGAUGUGGGAAUUUACAACUCUGUAAUUCAAGCAUGGGCUAAAUCGGGUCAACCGCACAAGGCCGAGAGAUUUUUGAGAUCAAUGAUAGCAAUGGACGAUGAAAUUGCAAACGAAACAGAACCAGGCGCAACAAKAUUGUCCAAAAGCAAACAUCUCUCUGGUGAAUCAGUACCAAUUGUUGAGCCUGAUAGCCGAUCGUUCAACAUUGUCCUAUCGGCAUGGGCAAAGGCUGGGGAGGCCGAACGAGCCGAGGCAAUUCUUAUGGAAAUGCAUAGACUGCAUGUAGAGGAAGAUUUCGAUACGCGUCCRACURCAGUCUCGUAUAACACAGUUUUGGAUUCGUACGCAAAUAAAGCGAAGAAAAUAAGAGAUGCGGARGRAAAAAAAAAUUCACUGCAACGCAACAAGAAGGCUAGUAAGAAAAGUUCAAGCACGGCAAGCAACAAUGGACAAGAUUCCCCAUGGAAUCGGGCCGAAGCUAUCUUGAACCACAUGAUAGACUUGUUCGAGGGUGGAGAUCGUGGUGUAAAACCGACAACACAAACUUGGAAUACAGGUAAGUUCCAUGCCAUCUUUCGCAUUAUUCCGAGUAACCUAAACCGCCAUACUUUGAAAACRACUUCUGACAAUCACUGUAUCGAAAUACUAAGUUUUAAACGUUUGUGCUAAGGCAGGCAAAAUCGAUGAGGCCGAAAAAGUGUUAGAUCGUAUGACGUCGUUUCAGACUCCUUCGGCUAUAGAGUCAGGGCAUACAAAAGUUCAAAGAGCUGUGGUUCCCUCUACCAGAACUUGGAACACAUUGCUGUCGAGCUGCAUGGCAAAAGGUGACGUUCACAGAGCCAAACAAUUUUGGUUGCGAAUGAAGGAAAGCGGGACGCAACCUGAUAUUGUAAGCUAUAACACACUGUUAAAUUGCUUUGUACGGUUGCGCAAUAGUAAGGCAAGCGGAAACAGCAACGCAAUUCACAGAGAAGUCGAAUCCAUAUUUCAGAAUCUCUGUAAUGACCAAAACGUAAGUAUGAACCACAUAACAUAUCUUGCCAUGAUCAAUUUCUGGAUCAAUCAAAGGGCUCCAUACAAGGCGGAGUCAUUUAUCUUAAACAUGGCAGAGGAAUCAAUGAAACCGGCCAAAAUGGAAGAACUAAAUGUCCGCAAAAGCGAUUUACCUGCACCGAACCGUAGUCUGUUCCAUUAUGUCCUAUCAUGUUGGGGGGAGCAUAAGAAGCCGAAAAAGGCCGAAGAACUUCUUUUGAAAAUGGCGAAGCUUUCAGAUGACCACAAGUUUGACUUGAGACCGACGACGGAGACCUACAACAGAUUGCUCAACUGCUGGGCCAAAUCGAUGAAAAUCGAGUCUGGAGAACGGGCGGAAAUCAUUUUGCGUGAGAUGGAAACACUCGGAAGCCUCGGAGACAACGAGGCGACUCCAGAUAUCUAUUCCUACAACUCCGUACUCAAUGCGUGGGCAAAUAGUGGCGAUGCUGCAGCUUUGACUAGAAUUGAUGGCUUGAUUCUCGAAAUGAUUCUCACGGGAAAUCCUAGUCUACUGCCUGACUCGUUUAGCUAUGGGGCAUGGCUCAAGGCAAUAGCUUCGAGCGCCGAAGCAAACAAUKAUAAAAAAGUGAAAGAGGUCGUCAAAACGAUGAAAAUCCAUAAUUUUCAGCCCAGCGAGUAUAUUCAGAAACAAAUUCGAAGACUGAGCACAAAUGAUAAGAACCACCGAUGAGUCUUCCUCUCGAUUGUUCAUAUUCAAUUUUUUAUCUWACCACCAUAUAUUUGUGGCUGCAAAGUACAAAAAUCUCCCCUUSGAUAGAGACAAAGCUCUGACUGMAACAAGGCAUUUAGUUGCCUCGAUCGUAUCAGAUGUCAUCCUCGUUUACCUCCUUCCUUAAUGGAUUCAUUGAUCGAAGCGAAAUGUUCAGAAGUUCAACCGACUAAUUCGAAAAGCUCGGGUACACAUUUACAACAGAUAGAUCACUUUGCACUAUCUGGAAUAGACUUCAAAAAACUGA